CACACACACUCACACUCCCCCUCUCACCACCCUCCUCCAUUACUAGUACACAUGCGCUGUCCUGAAUCUUCACUAGCCAAGACACGCACACUCCUGCAACUCUCAAGCCUCGGGUGAGUAAGUGAGUGAGGGAGUGAGUGAGGGAGUGAGUGAGCGAGUCAAUGAGUACGUGAGUGCGUGCGUGCUUGAGCGAGCGAGCGAUCGAUCGAGCCAGCUAAUGAGGGUGUUCCUCAUUGCAGCACAAAUCACCACCUUAUACUAGCUCUCUGCAUGCUGCUGCAGUCUGUGCUUUUGUCGGUCUACUUGUUGCCACCAGGUGCUGCUGCAUUUUUGCGCUUUUAGUGCAGACAAAAAAGAAAGAACGUAUUCGCAGCAGCAGCAUUCAUGAUAUACACAUUUUUAGAAUGGUUUGAGCUUCGAAGCGUUUCCACUACGACAGAAUUUUAGACCAGGGUUCCAGGUAGUAUGCAUUGUUGUCGUCGGUGGUUGUUUGUUCUCAAAUUUGCGGCAUCGCACGACCGUAAUGGAAUGAAGGAGGUAGUGAUGUUGGUUUCGAUCAGCUUGCGCGUACGUGCCGUUGUGUUCGCGUGAUUGGAAUUUGCUGAGAGGUGAAGCUCGGAAUUGGUCGAGUUGGGGUUUUGGGUGGUUGGGUUGAUCAUCAUGGGUCGGGCGCCGUGCUGCGAUGAGAGGAUGUCAGUGAAGAAGGGGCCGUGGACGCCAGAGGAGGAUCAGAAGCUGGUGGCAUACAUUCAGGAACAUGGUCAUGGAAGCUGGCGGGAGCUCCCUGAGAAAGCCGGGCUUGCGAGAUGCGGCAAAAGCUGUAGAUUACGGUGGACAAACUAUCUUAGGCCUGACAUCAAGCGAGGACGAUUUUCGCACGAGGAGGACCAGAAGAUAAUACAGCUUCACGCCAUUUUAGGCAACAGAUGGUCAGCCAUCGCGGGCCAUCUCCCCCAGCGUACAGACAACGAGAUAAAGAACUACUGGAACACGCAUUUGAAGAAACGUUUGGCACAGAUGGGAAUCGACCCCAUCACUCACAAAACCAGCAGCUCAGGGCUGGCGCUCACUUCCUCCUGGAGACCCAUCGUAUCUACACAACUUACUCACAUGACUCAGUGGGACUGCGCCCUCGCGGAGGCCGAAGCACGGCUCUCCAAGAAGUCUUCGAUGAAACCCUUUAUUAGGUUUCCCGAGGCAGCGCAAUCCUCGGCACAUCCCUCAACCUACUUCAUGCGGUCCUGGAAGACUGGAAUAGAAGACAAGCAUCGCCCCAAGUUCGGAAUAGUAAAACGGGAAUCCUCGCCGGUGAGGAUCGAUUGUCCAUCCCUAGUUCCCAAUCCUGCUAGAAGACCUUCGAAUUUACUCCAAAACUGGGACACCAUCUUGGGCCUGCGCACCGAUCAGCCUGGUUCACUCUGGCAACAACCUGGAGCAUGGAGUAUGUCCCACACAUUAAAGCAAAUCGCCACUAGCGGGAGGAGCCAUCAUCUAGAUGAGUCGGCCGCUUCGCAGGCUAGAUCGAGUACAAUCGAUAUGUCCGGCGAGGUCGCUUCCAUGGCCGACGACAUGAUGUUUCCGCAAAUCGAUCGCACUGGUUCUAAUUUACUCUUCGUGUUCGAAUCGGCAGGAGCUACACGGUCCGACAGCGUUGACCGGUAUGGCACGACGACGCCUGGAGACUAUUUCUCCCCCACCAGCACCUUGCACGGCCCAGACCCAGAUUUCACCCAUUCCGAAUCCGGCAGCCCUUGCGGUAGCAGCACUGAUGGAUCCACCCUUGAUUGCUUCGACUUCACUGUGCAGCCCGAGGGCUCCUUCCACAGCUUCUCACUCCUCCCAAACGGCGACGGCGACGGCGACGACGGCGAUGCCCGUCUCCAGGAGUCUUCCUUAUAUGACAUCCCCGACACGUUCUGGCAAGCGGGUCAGGAAACCGAGGCUUUGCAACUCCAAACGGUGGAGAUCUCGGAUGAUGGGGGCCCGGACUCCGGCGGGCUGGAUCUAAUCAUCCCUUUGGAUUUCAGCAAUGCUGAGUUCUCGCAGCACUUGGAGUCCUUGUGUCAGGAGCCUUCGGAAUACCAGACCGACAUUGGGGAGGUCCUCUGAACGAGUUUUCAACCAAACCCCCCCCCCCCCCCCUAGUGUUGCAGAGUCACCAGGCAUCCAAGCCUGAGCACGAUGUCAGUAAAGCUCCUGACUUAGCACAUGCAGGGAGAGGCACAGCCCGUUGAUUUCGUAGAGCCAGGCUGAUCGCUUUACCUUGUAGAUCCACACGAUACCCACAUUCCCCUCCCUGCACGGAACCGCACGAAGAUUGUAAUUACACAGUUUCUGGAUUUUAAAUUCUCCUCAUUCAUUA